UUCGAGAUUUGCCAUGAACGAGCACUUCAUCACGGUCGAGACGCCCAAGGCCGGCGCCAAGAUGCUUGUGGACGUGCCCAAGAUCUCGCUCGAGUGGAAUCACGUGAGCCGCGUCGUCACAAUCAAGAACCCGGCCACCAAUCAGACCGAAGACAAGGUCAUCCUCGACAACGUUAGUGGCUCGGCGGCGCCCGGCGAGCUCCUCGUGCUCAUGGGCCCUUCCGGCGCCGGCAAGUCGUCGCUCCUCGACGUCAUCUCGGGCCGGCAGAAGGACUACACAGGGUCCGUUCUCGUGAACGGUGAAAAGUGGACCAAGAAGAUGAACAAGCUGGCGUCCUAUGUGCUGCAAGACGACAUCUUCUACGAGACGCUGACUGUCAAGGAGCACCUCCUCUUCCAGGCCGAGCUCCGCAUGGGCAAGACCUUUGACGCCGCCCAGCGCGAAGCACGCGUCAACUACGUCAUUGAAGAGCUCGGUCUCGACAAGUGCCGCGACACCCAGAUCGGUGGCGGUCGCAUCCGCGGUAUCUCUGGCGGUCAGCGCAAGCGCCUCAGCUUUGCCACCGAGAUCUUGACCAACCCGUCGCUUCUGUUUGUGGACGAGCCAACGUCGGGUCUCGACAGCUUCAUGGCCGAGUCGGUCAUUCUGCAGCUGCAGAAGCUCGCGCGCGAAGGCCGCACGGUCAUUGCGACGAUCCACCAGCCUUCGUCGGAGCUGUUUGUGCUCUUUGAUCGUCUGUACCUUCUCUCGGACGGCCAACCGAUCUACAACGGCAAGGCGUCGGACGCGGUCGAGUACUUUGCGUCGCAGGGCUACCAAUGUCCCAACUACAUGAACCCGACCGACUACUUUAUGCGCCAGAUCAUCGUCUUGGACAACAAGUCGGAGGCGGCGACGCGCGUCCAGAAGUUCGUCGACCACUUCCGCGCCCACGCCCGCGCCGACGACGGCUCGACGGACGCGUCAUUGGCCGGCGACGACGACGACGCGUCGUACGAAAGCUCGCACCUCGGCACGCUCGGCCAGCUUCGCGUGCUCUGCAAGCGCAACGUGACGCGUCUCGUACGCGACUCACUCGCGUUCAAGGCUCGCCUCGGCCAGAGCAUCAUCAUCUCGGUCGUCGUCGGCUUGAUCUUUCGGCAGAUUGAAAUGAACCAGGCGGGCGUCCAGUCGUUCACGGGUGCGCUCUUCUUCAUCGUCGUCAACCAGUUUUUUGGGGCAGCCACGCCCGAGUUUGCCUCCGUGCCGAUCGAGCUGCCCCUCAUGGCCCGCGAGUACUACGGUGGCCUGUACCGGUCGUACGUCUGGUAUCUGGCCAAGAAUGUGAGCGAGCUCUUCUUCCAGAUCUUCUUUCCGCUCGUCUUCCUCGUGCCCGCAUACUUUAUGAUCGGCUUUGGCGCCUCGAACGCCACGCUCUUCUUUACGCUCUACAUGUACAUUGCACUCCUCUCGAGCUCGGCGACCGGUCUCGGCUACAUGGUGUCGUGCCUCGCCAAGACGCCCGACAUUGCACCGAUCAUCGGCAUCCUCAUCAUCCUCCCGUUCCUCAUCUUUGGCGGCCUCUUCAUCAACUCCAACAACGUGCCCGUCUACUUUAGCUGGCUCGAGUUCAUCUCGCCGAUGAAAUAUGCCUUCCGUGGCAUGAGUCGCGCCUUCUGGACCACGAUCGACACGAUUCCUUGCGACAGCGAGCCGUGCGCGGCGACCACCGGCGCCCAAGUGCUCGCCAACCUCGCGCUCAACAAGGAAGACAUGGCCUACGACGUUGGCUUUCUUCUUUGGAUCAACGCCAUGUUCCGGGCCUUUGGCAUGAUCGCGCUCGCGCGGCGACUUCGCGGCAAGAAGUAGUAGUGGCCGUUUAUCUAUGAAUGCAC